AUGCCUGCUGUUGGAAGUAUUGUACAGGAUCAAGAUGAAUUAGAUGGCGAGAAACAAUUACAAUUCGGACGAGCUAUUCCUCUAUUGAUGGAUUUAUGGAACUUUUGUGCACGAUCUAAUUACGUGGUAAAGUCAACUAUUCAUCAACUAGCAAGCUUAUUUUGCGAAGCCAAUACAAACGAUAAGAAUUUAUCGACCUAUCUCGGAGGCCCUGGUGGCUCACAAAAUCAAUGGUGUCAUUUUGAAAGAGUUUUCGAGAGUCUUAGUGAGCUUCUUGGUGUUUUGAUCACAUUAGAUGAAGUUAUUCUUCAAAACAGCGCCUUCUCUCAUCACUUAACACUGUACAAGAGAAUGAUUAGCAAGGUCAUGACUGAACCUGAGAGAUACGGAACAACUAAACAAAAUGUCGGAAAAGUGUAUUAUUUAUUAGAAAAAGUAGAAGGAGAUGUUUUGGAUGAUUCAAUUUUUAAGUCUUGCAUCAACCAAGCUUUUGAUGAUGUCGUAACAUAUUCUCAGUUAGUUCAAAAUGAAAAUGGAGAAACUCAAGAGAAAGUUGAAAAUGUCACUAUAAAUGUGCAGAGAAACAAAUUACUAAAAGCAGAAGUAGAAUUUCAUUUGAAAUUACAAUUUGAAGAAAUAAUGAACACGGUGUUUGUACAACCCUCAGCUACUUUCCAAGUGCAAUCAUCAGGCGCAGCAUCUCUUUCUGGGUCAAAUAACACUGCUACCUUUUUAGAAUCAGUUCUAGAGAAGCGACAGGAAUUUGUUGAAGCUUUUCAAGCAAGUAUGGGAAUUCCACAAAAGUGUCCAAUCAUCCAUUUAUACGGUAAUACUGUUUGGUCUUCUGCAGAGUUUUUCUUUACCAAAGUACCAGACAUGGUUAGGGUGGCAGGCAUUAAGAACCCAAAGAAGGAAAUUGAAGCGGACAGAUCCAAGUACAUGGAGAAUUUGAUGAAAUCUUUGUUCCCAACUAUGGUUAACCAACUUAAUCUCAAGAUGAACAUUUGGGAAAGUCGAUUUGAAUCUAACUUUGACGUUUUGGCUUCUUCAGGUAGAGACGUUCUUGCCAUUGAAGGAUCAUUGUUGUUGCAAGGUCUCGAACUUGCGCAACAAAUUAAUACCCUUGUUAAAAACGGAAUUUAUUUACAUAUUUUGGCUGGUAAAAGUUUGACCAUGUCUCAAGUUCUCCAAUUGUGUGGAAUGCUAUAUUACCGAGUUCUUAACUUUCAAGAUUCAAAACUUCCUUGUGGUCUUGAGAAACAGACUACAAACAAAAAGAAGCAAAGUAAUGCAGAUGCCGAUCAAUUAAGCGCUGUACUUUUGGCUUUACAUUUAUUGGAUUCAGGACAUGCCAGCAGAAAGAGACUAGUGUUGCUCAACCUCACACUGGCUGUAGCAUUCUCCAGAGCAGCAGGUUUAUUCAAAGAAUCAGAGUACGAGGAAGUCAAAAUAUUAAUGAAGAGAUUGGAAGUGCUAGCACAUUUUGACGAAUAUUUGGACGAGUACUGUGAUUGCUCAUACCUGUACUGGAAUAGACUAGUAAUUCCAGCAUUCUUUGACAAGGUAUACGAAAAUCCAUCUCGUGCUCCACAACUUCACCUCAUGAUGUCUGCACUUCAAGAUCCAUUAUACAAUGUUCUUCUCUCCUCCAAGGAUGGAACAACACCAACAGCUGUUCAUUUGGAAGAUGCAGGAAAAGCUCUAGUCAACUCUUAUAUUGACGAAGUGAUGACAUACUUUAAAACAAAAAUUGUAGACCCUCUAUGUCAAGAAGUUGAAACAGAUCUCAGACUUCACAUUCACAAUACGAACGUUUUGAAAAAGAAAGUCAUUUCUUCUCAUACCAAAGACCUGUCGCCAUUCUUCAAGACACUUGGUCCCAUCAGAUUCUACGACAAAAUUAUUGAAAUCAAGAGAAUGGUAGAACAAUAUCUUGACAAGACGUUCUAUGAUUUUACAAUCUUGGCACUUCACGACUGGAAGACUUAUGAAGAAAUGAGAAACUUGGCAUAUGAAAAGUAUGGAUUGAAUUUAGUGAAUGUGUAUCUUCCUGGCCAAACUCUUGAACAAGGACUUGACGUUUUGGAAAUUACUCGAAACAUUCACAUUUUUGUUGCCAAGUUCUCAUACAAUCUCAAUCAAAAUAUGUUCAUUGAACAAUGUGCCAAGUCAGAUGCGAAAAGUCUCAAUGUGCUUCACAUCAAACACAUUGCAAACUCAAUUCGAACUCACGGUACAGGUAUUAUGAAUACCACCAUCAACUUUGUAUUUAGAUUCCUCGGAAAGAAACUUUAUAUUUUCUCUCAAUUCUUGUUUGACGAUCAUAUUAAGAGUAGACUUCUUAAAGAUAUCAGAUUUUAUAAGGAUGAAGCUCUCAAAUCUCUAGAUAACAAAUUCCCACUGAAGAGUGCUAAAAGUUCAUCAAGGACAUUAAGAAAUUGGGAGUCAAUCCACAAACUGGUUUGUCUUAUUUGGAUCAAUUCCGUGUUCUCAUCACUGAAAUUGGUAAUGCCUUGGGAUAUAAAAGAGAAAACUGAAAACACCACACCAGAAAAUGCUGACUCUGCCAAUCCACCUACCGAUGUGACAAAUAACACCACUGAAGAAAAGAAGGAAGACGAUGCCAAUAAUAUCAGCGUCUUGUGUAAGGAUGUGUUCUCUGAAGAGACCAUGAAUGCUGCCAACAACUUACACAAAGUCGUUUUGAAUAUGGCUAAAAUUUCACAAUCACAACAAAGUGAUUAUUUCAAAACAUUAGAAACUGUGUUCAAGAAUGAAAUGAUGAAAGAACAAAAUAACCAUCUUAGAAACUUUUACAUCAUCAUUCCUGCUUUGACAUUGAGCUUUGUGGAAGCUAUGCUAAUCUCCAAAGACAAGAUGAUUCGUUCCGGAAAAGAGGCAUCUUUUACUGAUGAUGGCUUUGCUUUGGGAAUUGCAUUCAUUUUGAAGGUUUUGGGUCAAAAUGACAAAUUCGAUAGUUUGCAUUGGUUCGAAAGUGUGGCCAUGACUUUUAAACAAGAAUAUGAAGACACCAAACGAACCAUGUCUGAACUUUCUCAAAAGAAGAAUGAGGGAGGAAAGAAUAAGAAGAUUUCAGAGAAGGAACGAGAAAAGAUGAUGCAAAAUGAUGAUGAGUUGCAAACCAUGAACCUUACAUUGAACCGAAUUUUAAGCUACAAGAGAGAAUUUGAAUUACUGUUUUUCAGUUUCUCUGGUGCACGUGUAUUCUUCAGAGAUUAA